GCACACCUGAGAGCUGAGCUGCGGCAGGUUCACGUCAAACUUCACAGCCGAGCAGGAAGGAAACGAUUCAGUGAACAUUUAGUCCCAGAGUAACAUACAACGGACUCACACGAGCAGUGUGUGUGUGUUUAACAGUUGAGGACAAGGAAGAUAAACAAAGGCAAAGGUUUACACCAAUAAUAACCGGUGAGACAGAGGGGCCCUGAUGUUACCGUGGACCGGAUUGGCUGCAGCGGGAGGAGAACCGGACGGAGGACUGGCUCCGGUCUGAGUCCUGCAGCUCUUCCCUCUCAAAGUUUGGUAAUUUUUCAAUGAGCGACCGAGCGCGCGGCUGUGAAAUGCUGCUGCACACAUCUGGAUUAUUCCUGAGCUGCCUUCACUCUUAAAACAACCUGGAAACUUUACAGGCUGAAAGAAAGGAAAGAAAAGAGAAGAAGAAAAGUCGGGCUGUGUCUUAUCCGGAGGUUUAAAAACCCGAAACCUUUCAUGCUGCUUUGAUUUUUUUCUUCUUUGAAGUGAAAUUAAAGACAGAGUUGAGUGAAAGCUCCGCGCCACCAUGCAGGGGAACGGCGGAGUGUACGCGGUGAGGAGGAGGAGGAAGCCCGUCCAGAAAAAUGCGAAGCCUCUGCCGGCGAAGACCAACCCGUCCAAACGCCACCGGGACCGUCUGAAUGUCGAGCUGGACCGUCUCACCGGCCUGCUGCCUUUCUCCGAGGAGGUCAGAGGUCGCCUGGACAAACUGUCGGUGCUCCGGCUCAGUGUGGGAUACCUGAAGGUUAAGAGUUACUUCCACGCGGCGCUCCAGAAAAAUGCUAAGUCAGCUCCUCUGGUCUCUGUAGACGGCAGAAACAGACCGUCCGAGUCCCUGGAUGGAGUCAGCUUCUCAGAGGGAGAACUCCUUCUCCAGGCCCUGAAUGGAUUUGUGUUGGUUGUGACGAGCGACGGCUCGAUCUUCUACGCAUCGCAGACGAUCCAGGACUUCUUGGGCUUCCAUCAGUCGGAUGUCGUCCUCCACAGUGUGUAUGAUCUCGUUCAUGUGGACGACAGAGAGAUUUUCAGAUGUCAGCUCCACUUCGCCCUCAACCCCGACCAGACGGACGCAGACGUGAGAGCACAGGACGGGCAGCUGAGCGGUAAAACUCUGAGCAGUUCUCAGAGCGUCCUGCCUCAGUACAUCCCUCCAGAGAACUCCUCUUUCCUGGAGAGAAGCUUCUGCUGUCGCCUUCGCUGCCUCCUGGACAACACCUCUGGAUUCCUGGCUCUGAACUUCCACGGGCGUCUGAAGUACCUGCAUUUACAUGGAAACGCUGGGGCCGAUGGGACGGCGGCUCCUCCUCAGCUAGCUCUGUUCGCCAUCGCCACACCUCUGCAGUCUCCUUCAGUCAUGGAGAUCCGCACCAAGACCCUCAUCUUCCAGACCAAACACAGAAUGGACUUUGCUCCUGUGGGCAUCGACACCAGAGGGAAGCUGGUUUUGGGUUAUACAGAGGUAGAGCUGGUCACAACAGGCUCUGGUUAUCAGUUCAUCCACGCUGCUGACAUGAUGUACUGCGCUGACAACCACCUCAGGAUGAUUAGAACCGGAGACAGUGGCUUCACGAUCUUCAGGCUGCUGACUAAAACAGGACAGUGGUUGUGGGUUCAGGCCUCUGCCAGGAUCGUCUUCACCGGAGGGAAACCGGACUUCAUCAUCUCUCGACAGAAAGCCCUCACAAAUGAGGAGGGAGAGGAACACCUGCGGCAGAGGAGACAGCAGCUCCCCUUCAACCUUGCCACCGGUGAGGGCGUCCUGUACGACGUUUCUCUGGAUAUCUUCUCCAUACCUGGUCCCCCUGGCCCCGACGCACCGGCCACUGCUGAGCCCACAACAGAGAAACCUCUGGACCCCGCCUCGCUCCUGGGAUCCCUUCGCCGGCAGGACCACUCUGUUUACACCCAGCCAGAGAAGCCCAGUCCCCAGCUCCCAGUCUUCUCCCAGACAGAGGACACUGAUUGUGAGCAACCCCAGUCGUGCUUGGAACAAGCCUUUCUGGACAGCCACGCUCUGCUCAGUGUGCCGGGUCAGAUCCAGACUUUACAGAAGAGGUCCCUCACAGCAGACCCCACGUCAGAGGCCAUGAUUGCCUCUUUGGAGCAGAUUUUGGGAGAUAUUGGGGAUGGAGGGAUAGAGGGUCUUGAGGUGGCGGACACAGAGCUGAGGGAUUGGGAAAACACCCUCGUCAGGAUGAAUAAAGAGAAGGACGACACACUGAGGGAGCUGAAUCACACCCUGGCUAAUGAUGUGUUCUCAUAUGUGGAGGAGGCUCUGAGGAGAGAAACAGGUGGGUACGUGGUUCAGGGUUCAGAUCAGGCUGGGUGUCACGUUUCUGGGACGAUCAGCGGUUUAUCCAUUCAAGUUCCUGUGUUUUCAAAUCCUGAGCCACAGUGGCAGCCAAUGACGGUCAUGACAUCUAACCAGAAAGGAUGUGGAGAACAGACUCGGUUGGGAAAUAUUCUUGGUGAUGUUUGUAAUUCGACUGGGCUGAAAAUUGCUUCUCAAGCUGUUUCUCAGCGGACGACUGGCACACGAACACCCACUCAGUGUCGUAACGCUCACCAGGGACGCACCUCUUCUUUGUGGCCUCCAGGUAGCAGCAAUCACAGCUGUGGCAAUGAGAUGAUUUCAACACAGUCCUGCAUGACACAUCAGUCUUGGCUUCCAUCUGCACACAAACACACCGACAACAUUCACAGCAGCCACGAGUCUGGCUCUGAGGUGAUGGACCAAAGUGUGCAACGUUCUCUAAACCACACUGGUUCACAGCAGACUUCUGUGGGGCCACAGCCUCUGGGCCCUUCAGUGUGGCAACAGCAGCAGCAGCAGCAGCUGCCGCAAAGUUUUCACCAUCACACACUUCCACAUUCCUCGCACACACCAGGCAGUGUGAGCUCAACCGCUCAGUCGUUCCACCCGCAAACGCAGCGAUUAUCUGGCAGCUGCACGUACGAAAAAGGUCAUGCACCAAACGCUGCUACUGUUCCUACCAGACCACACAGGCCUCUGCUGGGACCCACAUGCUCCAGAGGACACACACAUGCUGCAGGGGCGACUACAAGUUCUCCACCCUUCACCCUGCCCCGUCCAGACGUGGCAGUUGCAGGCAUCAACCAGGGUAUGAUGUCCGACCCCAACACGCUCAUGGCUGCCUGUACAGAUGUGGGCAUGGGAACGUUUGGACCAGAAUAUCCUGCUGAAAACGCAUCAGUACAGUCCUCGUUCUUCUGUUGGAACAGUGAAGCUCAGGUUCCCAAAGUUCCCCUGAACGGCGUCGUCGACCCGUUUGCCUUCCCGGUCCAUCCUACCGGGAGCAUCAACCUUUCCCAAAACACGGGACCAUAGUCACGUCUGUGCCUCGCUCUGAUUGGACUGAAAGACCAGUGAUCAGUGACUCAGAAAGAACUUCUGAGAUUAUUCCUGUAGACGAAGGAGGAGAUGAUUGUUAUAUUUUAACAAUGUUCAGGAAAUAUGGACCUUUUCAUUUCAAACAGAAAAACUUUACCAAUAAUUAUCUCUUUACACAUAUUCAGUAUGUGGCUCACAGUGUCCUGUCAGCAGAGGGGAAGCUGGAUCCAACAGGGUUUAUUACAAGUGGACUUUUCUGUAGAGAACAGAAGAAAUCUUGAGUUUGAGGAAUAUGGAGAGAAGCUGUUUCACCUCAACACUUCCCACUGUACAUCACAAAUAACACAGAGUGGUGGGAGGACGUGUCGCAGGGAGCAGACGUAACGUCCCCGUUACGAUGUCCGUUACCCAUCAUUCAGUGUUUGUUUCACUGGUCUUACUUAAGACACAGACGCUGUUCCUGGCGUUGUGAGUGAGGAGAAACUACAGGCACGGCAGAACCUAAACUCAGCCUCGUCUCCUAGACAUUAAGUUCAUAUGUCACUAAAUUGUUUUCCCAAGUUACAUUGUGGUGACAAAGGUAAUCGCUGGCUUAUUUUCAGAAGCAGUGUUUUUUUGUUUGUGUUUUUUGAAUGAAUGACUGAAGUGCUAUAUUUAGGAACUACACCAGAGUCUGGGAGGUGAUAAGGGUCUUCUGUAUUUCAUGGCAUUGUAAUUUCUCUGCACCCGUGAAGCACCUUGUAUCUGAGGUUUUGAAAAGCACUUAAGAAAUGAAGUUUUCUUCCUUAUUUAGGCAACAAAAGUUAGAGAAAGGUCGUAGCUUGGUUUAAAUGGAAGUAAAAACACCUUCAAUAUAUUUAAACUUAGCAGUAAAUUAUUGGCCCUGCAGGACUUUCAAAUUUUAUACAAUAUAAAGGAUUCAUGGCACUUCAAGCCAGUAACAAAGGCACAAUUUCAAACGUUUUCUCUUUGGAUAUGGGAGAGGUGGUGACUCUAAUGCACGACUGUGAAUAGAUUUAAAUGAGGCUCUGUGACUAUUUAUUUUCACUUUAAAUUGUGUGUCCAUCUCAGCUGUAUCAAAGAAGAACUUUAUUUUUUGUUUGUUACCUGUAGGAGAUUUUUGCCAUAUCAUUCUGCUUCUGUAAUUAUCGGCUCCGUAGUGCUUUGUCUUCCUUGUGUACAAAAUAAAACCACCGGGGACAAGUCUAAUUUAUUUUUGCCAUUAAAGAAUUGUAACCCCUCA